AUGGAUGAACAAGAGCGACUCCAGCCGCUGCUCAAGUUUGAAAAUCUGGAGUUUAAGCUUGUGCAGCUGGUGACAUUUCCUUCAGAUAUGUUCGUAUGGGACACAUGGUGGUCCAUGAUUUACAUUUACUGCAGAAGGAUAUUAGUAAGCUCCCCUCUAUAUACCACUGACAACAGACAUUACGGGAGAAUAGAGAAAUGCUAUCUAAAAAGAAAAUUAUGUGAAGCUAUCAAACUCACAGAAGCUGAGAAAUCUCGUAUCAGGCCUGGCUUCUCCAUGGCUGUCAGCUUUUCGCCUUCACAAUUCUUGCUGUGUCGACAACAUCAGAAAAGGCUUAGUAAGACCAGUGAAAAUUUGAAUGGAGUCUGCACAAUCCUGUCUCCAGAACUACAAGAAAUAUAUUCUUUUGAACCUGCCUCUUUGGGUUUCAAAAAUAUCUCUGAGCAGGCACAGGGUAUUCUGAAGGGGGAAGGUGAACAGCCAGAGUUUGAGGUCUGUAUUGGUAUGAACAACAUAGGUGGGAAGAAAGAUGAGAUCCUGCAGAAGGAGUUCAGGGAGUUAGGCAAUGAUGACCUCAAAAACCGUGAAGCUAGUCACCUUCCCUGGACAUUCAGCGGCAUUAUCAUCACUAAAUCUCUCACCGUCAACGUCCUGGGAGUCACCAUUGACCAGUGUGAAUUUGCAUUGGUCCAGUAUGGUACAGAAAUUAAGACAAUAUUUGAUCUGAAUGACAGCCAGGAAAUAAGUUCUGGAAUUUUCCCAAUUGUAAGAAAAAUGCCUCAGUUGGGUAAAACCACAAAAACUGCUUCAGCAAUACAACAUGUUCUUGACAACAUCUUCAAUGAAAGUCAAGGCUCCAAUCAAAAUGCCAAGCGGUUUAUCAUUGUAGUGACAGAUGGAGAAAUAUUCAGGGAUGAGAGAAAUCUAACAGAUGUAAUCAACUCAGAUAAAAUGGCAAAUAUAACACGGAUAGCUGUUGGGAUCCUGGAAGACCAUCGCCCUGAACUAGAUGGGCGCAGAGUUUAUGAAGAUGAUUUGAGACCAAAUGGCAACAAAUUGAACAGGAAACGUGAUAGAUACAGUGUAGUUACAGUAAAGGGAAAGAAUGGGCAGCACUUGUACAUAGCUGGAGCCCCUCGGCAUAGUCAGACUGGACGAGUCCUUGUAUUUCAAGCCGGAACAUCUGUCAAAAUAAAGCAACUUCUUGCAGGGAAGCAGCUGGGAUCAUAUUUUGGUUCAGAGCUGUGCUCUCUGGAUAUAAACAAUGAUAAUGUGACAGAUUAUCUCCUUGUUGGUGCUCCAUUCUUUCAUGUACGAGGAGAGGAGGGCAUGGUUUAUGUCUACCAGCUCAAUGACAAGGAUACCUUUGAAGAUAAGGACAGUUUGACAGGAAUAUCAAGUUUUACCAAUGCCAGAUUUGGAGUUGCCAUUGCAAACAUAGGUGACAUCAACAUGGAUGGUUACAAUGAUGUAGCUAUUGGAGCUCCUCUGGAAGAAGACCAUAGUGGCAGUAUCUAUAUAUUUAAUGGACAUAAGGAUGGUAUCUACAAGACUUAUUCCCAGCGAAUAAGUGGGAAGGAUGUUAUGCUUGAACUUCUAUACUUUGGACAAUCAAUAUCUGGUGCUUCUGAUGUUGAUACUGAUGGGAUCCUUGAUAUAACAGUUGGGGCACGGGACAAUGUUGUUGUGCUCAGCUCAAGACCAGUUAUCAACAUUGGAACCAAUGUCACAUUUUUACCGAAGUUGGUGCCUCUGUCCUUCGCAAGUUCCCACGGACAAGAGAAAAUUAUUCAAGCUACUGUGUGUUUUAUGGCUCAAUCAAACUUUGCACCAUUAGAUUUGACAAAUUCCUAUGUGAAUUAUACAAUUAACCUGGAUACAAAGCAGAAGACUAAAAGAGUGACAUUUGCAAAGAAUGAUGGAACUCCUGACUCUAUAUCUGAUUAUGUCAAUAUCUCAUCUGCCGCCUGUAAAACGUAUUCUCUCAUUGUGCAGCAUUGCACAAUGGAUUGUGUUUCUGCAAUUAUUGUAGAGGUGAAUUAUACCCUGAAUAAUAAUGAAAAGAAGCCUGGUCUACCCUUACCAAUUCUUGAUCAUUUUUCCAACCCGUCAUCAUGUGUUGAGUCUUCUCAGCUUGCAGAUAUUAAGUGUACAGAUCAAGCCACAUCCUCCUUAUCCUUCUUAAGCUGUGAGAUUUUCCAUCCAGUGUUCAAGAGGACUUCGCCAGUGGAAGUUUCUAUUUCUUGGGAUCUUGGAAGUGCACCAUUUAAGGAGGAAUUUGCAAGUGUCAGCAUUAAUGUUAGCAAUAAAAAUGAAAUUGGAGUUGCUGUUCAUGAUACCCAUAAUAUUCCUGUGAGACAUGGCUUCAAUGUCUUCCUGAAAGCAGAAAAUCAAAUAACAGAAGUUGACAUUUCCAAUGGAGCUGAAUUUGAGACUGUUAAAUUAAAUUUUCAGGUCACCAUGGAGAACCCUUACAAUGCUUCGGUGUGUCUAGUAUUAUCAAUCCCAGUGAAAAUACAGAAUCGACAAAUACUUGACCCUCAACAGGAACCUUUGAAACAUUGUUUGAGAACACAGAAAAUUGUCAAACAACAGCCAGAACAGAAAAGAAAAGAUCAAUGGGACUGUGACACGCAGGGAUGUGAAUGUCAGCAUUUUCAGUGUGAACUCACAGCAGCAAAACAAGACAUUGAUCUAACAGCACGGUUGCUAGUGAACAAUUUAAAACAGCUUGUGAAGGACAGGGCUAAUAUUGUGAUCUCAGGAAUUGUUGACUUUGAUGAGAAUCGAUAUCAGGAAACGUCUGAUGCUAAAGAUGUACCACACAGUGUUAAGAUGCACGUGACCAUUGUAAAUACUCCAGUCUUUAAUGCUAUCCCUGUGGUGGCUGGAAGCACAGUUGGUGGAAUCCUGCUUCUAUUUUUGAUUAUUUUAAUUCUGUACAAGUGUGGAUUUUUCAAACGCAGUUACAAGGACAUGAUUGAAUUUGAAGAAGAAACUGAACAUUGAACUUUAAAACUAAGGAAAUAACUUACUAUUAUCGCUGAUACAUUUAUUUGGAAUAUUAAAUGGUCUAUAUUGCAUUUAAUUAAAUUUUUCAGCAAAAGCUUAAUCCACAUGUGAAGUACAUUAAUGUGCUCCAGAUGUAGAUCUUGCUGGGAAUUUAUUACAUGCUCAAGUAAAAUACAAAUGAUAUUUGUUGGCAUGAAAUUCUUAAUACAUUUCAAUUUGAAAAACAGAGGAAAUGUCUUUCUCUAUAUUGACAAAUGUCAGAUAGAUUAUGUCUAUAACAUGCGAUCAAUAGUUCUUUGACGCAGUUCAUAUCAACUCUACUCCAAUAAAUCUGUUUUAUACAAAGGUA